CAGAGGCUGGCUACACGAACAAGGUCGUUUGGGCUGCUCCACCUCUCUCCCCUCCCCUCGCCUCUUUUUCUUUCUUUUUUUCCUUCUCUCGCUUUCCCUUCUCUCCUUCUUUCUUUCACUCUUCUCUCCACUUUUAUUUACCCUCUUUUUAUCUCCCUUGGUCCUUUCACCAAAGUUCAUGUACGAGUUCCAACCACCUGCCAACCUUAACGCCAUUCGAUGUUCCAUCGCACGCAAAAUCAAAGAGCAACGUGAAAAGCACAAGAAGAACGAGGAGGAGUUUAAGAACAAGACGCGUCCUACUCUUGCCGUAACCACAACAACUGACAGCGGCCUUCCCUCACCACCCGUUGAAGCUUGCCACUACGAACCGUUUAAGCGACCCGGAGAAGAAGAACUGCUACCACACCAACAACCCAACAACGAGCUUGCCACCAACGCCUUGCUCGAAUUAACGGGUGGAGCUGGCACUCCUUCGUCAUCUGCGAGUCUGGACACCCUGGACGAAAAGGUCAUUCGACAAAAAAUACAAGCAUUACAACAAGAGAAACAUGAGCUCUUUCAACUCAUGAGGAAUCUACUCGCCAAUCCGGCAACUCCUUCACCUCCUCCUCCUGCUGCUGCUGCUGCUGCCGCAAACACUGCCGCUGCAGUUACCGUUACCGCCACCGCUGCUCCUGGUCCCACUCCUACUCCUCCUUCUCCUUCUGUGCAAAAGCCAACGCAAGAACAAACACAGGCUCAACUUCCAACACCAGCAGCAUCACCACCGAGCGUUAAACAAGAUGUCCAAGCAGAGCCACCGAAAUCCCGAGAGCGACUUCGAUCAUGUAGCAAUGGUCGUACUCGAACACCACCACCACCCCUACAAUUUUCCUCGCCAUCUUCUUGCUUCUCACCCACCCGUCCGUCUCAUUUGUCUCGACCACCGCCACUCUCCUCUGACCACCAUCACCGAUUCCCUCCACAGCGAUAUGCACCGUAUCGAAGGAUAUCGCCCCCACCGUCGUCUCGGUACUAUGGCAGAGGCUAUGGCGGCAGCCGACUGUAUAAUAAUACCCCGCUAUCUGCACCACCGUUUCCACCCUCGUCGUCUCCGUCGUCCAUGCCUUAUGCGCACCGUCGCAUGCCACCGCCCUACGGUUCUCUACGGGCACAGUCGCCACCCUUAAGAUCAACGUCCUUCCGAGCUCCUCGACCGUUGGCCGAUAGACACAUUCCGAGAUACUGAGACUUGUCUAAACGAAAUAUUUCAUAUAUCAUAUAUAUUAUUGGUCUCACCAACACAAACCUCUUUGGUGUAUCCCGCUGUAUAAUAUUUUUGUAAAUUAAUAAUGUUUGUUUUUUUUUGCAAAACAAAAAGCAUCCCCACCCCAUCAUCGACAAGAAAAAGAGAUUACUUCUUUUCCUUGACAAUAGCAAUCAUAAUAAUAGUAAUAGUAGUAAUA